UACAAACGUAACCAUAAGGUACUCUCUCCCCCUGAAUCUGACAGUACUCGGGGACAGUGGUGAGUUAUUGUUUGAGCUGUCCUCUCCUGUGGGUCGCGCGCGGGUUACACCCUGAUAUCUCUGCCCUUCUGACCUCACCUCAUUAACCAAAGGCAUGGACGAGGAGGCAGAAUCGCCCCCAGCCUCGGCAGACAAGCCGGCUGUAAGCGUGUUAUUACCCACUAAAGCUUUUCUUUGCUCCCGAAAAGGACAACUCCUCACUGCAGAAGUGGUGCUGUCCUUCAUCAGCUUUAUCUGCUUCACUGCAUCAGAUGCUGUGUCAUUCAUGACGGUACCCCUUAUUGAGUUUCUCCUCGCUUUUUUCCUGUUCUUUGCAUAUUCAACUAAGAUUAAUGAAAAGUUCAAAGGAGUGUUAUGGCCACUAAUGGAUUUCCUACGUUGUGUCAGUGCUGCAAUUGUAUACUUUGCUAUAUCAAUAGUUGCAGUUUCCAGAGCUUACAAUGGAGCAGCAAAAGCUGGAGGGCUGUUUGGAUUUAUAGCUACUAUAGCUUUUGCUUUGGAUUUCUACCUUAUCUUCAAUGACUUAGCAGUUUUUCUGAAGAAAGAUAAUGAUGCAGAUGAACCAGAGGCAAACAGAUCAGCAGAUGAUGACUCUGAUUCGGAUUCAGACUGAGAAUAUAAAGCAGACCCGAAAUAAAAGAUGUAGUAGUCUGCACUGGCAUUUAACUAUUAACAUACAGUACCAACUUUAAACACCACCGUCUCAGUGCUGCAGUAUAUUUUUACUACAACUGACAUAUGCUCCAUUUUCAAACUGUGAAUAGCAUCAGACCAUGUUGCUUGAUGAGUCACAGCAGUUUAUGGGUUUUGAUUGCCACAGUUUCUUUGAAGACGGCCCUUGUUGACUGCUUUCCCCAGCACCAUCUACAUUCCAUUACUGUCAGUCUUGAGACAGCUUUCCGCAGUUCGUCAGCAGCAUCUUAAGGGUUCAAAGAAAUAACGCGUUUUGCCUAUAGAAAGCUUUGCGAUGUAUCUGAUUUUUUUGUUUUUGUACUCCUUUUUCUUCAGAUUAAUUCAUUUUUGAAUGACUUUAAAAGAACAAAUUUUGGAUAACUGUUCUGUAAAUUGUAUCAGCUGUAUUUUUUAAAUAUGUGUGUUUUGCACCGUGGUUCAUAUCUAAAGGUUAUGUCUGGAGACACAAUGCGGACAUUAAGUCGAUUAAUAACCAGUAAUGCUGCUAAACUCAUCUAGAAAUACCUUGGUGAAUGAAGGAGCUGAACAUAACUGCCAUCACAAAGAAAUAUAUUCUUAGCAAGAACUGACUGUUGCUGUGAUGUUGAGUUCCAUCAGAAAUUUUAUUAUUUUUAUAUUUUGUAUUAAUCUACUCAGCAUAUUCAGUGUCAGUAUUUAUGUUUUAAUCUGAGCAAUGGAUACAGAACUUUCACAAGUCUCUGAAUUCUACCACUGGCUGAAUGAUGAAAUGAAACACUGUAUUUGUGGCUGUAGUCCAGUGAUAAUUUCAAAGCCUAGGUAGCUUCAGUGAAUCUCUGCUACAAGCAUAGUUUUGCUAAUGAUGAUGUUUUUAGAUUAAAAGGACUAUGACAGACAACAGUAUUACAGAAAAUAUCAUGCAUAUAUUUCUGUUUCAUCCAAAUUUCAAACUUGCAUUUUUUGAAACACAUUUUGUACUGAUUUGCAGAGAUAGAAUCUCAUGUUAGAGACGGUUACAAAUAUGAGGCACUAUCAUUUCCCUGUAGUUGUAGCAGUGUUUAAACAAGUGCAUUUAAUUUGUUUACAAGGACAGAACAUUUUCAGUGCCUUUACUACACAAAUUGAGAGAGCUAAAUAUAUUUAGUUUAAUAAGAAAGUUAACAUCAAAAGCUUCACCGUAUUAUCUUGUCAUAUCUGCAAACGGAACUAGUGUAAAUGCCUAUACUUAAAUUUAGGAUGACAUUGUGUGCAUUUUUUUGUUUACCCCUGCCCCCAGGAUCUUACCUGAUGCCUCCUUUAGUUUUUCUCAUUUCUCCUACUUAUUCUGAAAGAAUUUAGGCUGGCCAUUACCAAGCUAGGAGAGAACCCUACAGCCCAUUCGUUCCUGCCCUUUUUCCCCCCUGGCAAGAGUUGAUAGGGAGUGGACCAACUUCAUGGUCCUUGGAGGGUGGCCUAUGCUCUCCCUCUGAAAGCACCCCCAUUGGUGGCUCAUUUGUACUUACAGUUGUUACUUCACUUCUUGAGAGGACGUUGGGCUUUGCCUGCCACUUUCUCCUAGUUAACCAGUAUGUUUUACUUGUAUGAACUGUGCACUACCAAGUGAAUACCAACACAUCUAGCCUGUUCCAGUAAACGGGUGUGAAUCUACAGUGGUUUCUGUCUUACAUCCAAGGUCAUGUACUUCAGAAAAGGUUAUAUGAAUUGAGUGUGUGAGCAAUGAAACUCUGUUCAGGGAAUAUGUGGGGCUUGCCACCCACUUCAGUCUGGGCUACUAAUUUGAUUCAGUUCACUGGAAAGGUUUUGUAUAUGUUGGCAUUCAAUGAAAAGCAGUUGAGUGGCACAUUAUGUAACUAGCACAUAUCUCUCCAACCAGGAAUGAGGAAUUUUAGAUAUUUGUCAUAGAGAGAAUAACAUUUGUUUAAUCCAGCUUAUUUCUACUUGGAGUAUACUGAUUCAUGAACUGUUCACGUGGUAUAGAAGAUAAAUGUAAUCUGUGACUACCUUGGGCAGUGUUUCAGUAGAAGUAUGUUGAGUAAUAAAAUAUUUGGCAGUCACACUAACUGUUGCGCUGUUGCCUUCUAAUAAUAAGGGAAGUAAAAUUUUUCUUCCUGACUCAAAAUAGGUGGAGUCUGCCAGAUCUUUAAACUUUUUUUGGAAUCUUUUGGAGAAACAUGCAGUACCAUAAGACACAUAACAUUGACCAUGUUAUGUGUCCCUGGAAAUACCUCCUAAUCAGCCCCAACAUUUUCUGCUUACUUAGUGUACCGUAUGCAGUAUAGUGGUGCAGCAUUUAGCAUUGCUUGGGGCUCCAUUUCGAUUCUUUGUUGGGUACCAUUUUGUGCAGUCCCUGCACUUUCUCCCUGUGUCCAUGUUUUUUGAGUGCUCUGCUUUCCCCUACAUCCUUAAUAUGUGUGGUAGAUUAAUUGAGAUUCCUUAUUUUGUGAGAGUGAAUGUGUGUGGCCCGUGAUUGGUUGGCACUCCACUCUGGAUUAGUUCCUCUGCCUUGUACCCAAUGAGUGUUAGGAUAGACUCCAUAUCCACCAUGACCCUGAAAUGAAUUAAGUGAGUAACUGAGGAAAGAAGAGGGAAUGAAUGGGUAGUGUACAGUGAAUGUUCUUUAUAGGUUUAUGUCUCAUAAUUUUGGCAUAUAUGUAUCCCUUUAAAUAUUUCAUGAGCACAGAGCUACAGAGUUCUCAUCCAUAUAAGAUGCAUCUAUUCCUAGGUCUGUUGCCUAGAAAAAAGAGUUUUGAAAUGUGCAUUGGUGCCUUUUUUUUUGAUCCCUGCUUAAAGUAAACAGCGAUGUGCAUACCUCAGUUUUAUACUACGUAAAGACUGGGUGUACAUCAAACUUUUUUCUAAUUGGAGGGUGCAUCUGGUUAUACUCUGAGUGUGACUAAAAAAAGUUUUAAGCCUGUGGAUCAAUUUUUUACUGUUAUGUAAGGAUGGAGUCUUAAUCUCUGGGAUAAGCGUAGCCUAAAUGUGUUUUUUUUUUUUUUUUUUACCGAAAACUUUCUGUUACAACACAUCAAGUCUUAUAGCAGUUAUCCAAAUGAGACUGUCACACUUCUUUACCAGGCCACAUAAUUAUUAUUUUAAAAUAAAAUAAGUUAAAAAAAUGUUCAGUCUUCCUAUGGAACCUUAUCCAUUGGCUCUCCCUGCUUGUAUAUUGCCUUUUUCUCUCACUCAAGGGCAACAGCCAGGCAUUCCUGAACUGGGAAGAGUCUCCCAUUUGGAGGGUUGACUGGCCAAUUUAUUCUCCUGCAGCUGACAGUUGGGCAUUGGGAAGAGGACCAGUGUACUAGUACUGUAAGUGUCCCCAUCCCAUCCCUCUUAAGCAGGUGGCUGACUGACUCUCACUUUCUGCAUGGAUGAGGAAUGAUGUUAUGCUCCCACCCACACAAUCUCAGACUCAUCUGUGCAUGUUGCACUAAACAGAGCAAUCUUGCUCAAGUCUCUUCCAUUGGUGAUCAGCUACAUUGCAGUAGGUGUCCUCAGUGUAGAGGGCCAGGCCAUAUCCUUACCCUUUGGACGGGCAACCUGACAGCAGCAGCUCAAACCUAUCUGACCCCAACAGUCCCCACCACAGCCAGUGUUACUAAUCAGAAACAGACAACAUGGGACAUAGGCUUUGUUCCUCUGUACUACAGGUGUGUGUUAAACAAAAAAACUCUUUGUUCAUACGUAUGACAAAUGUAGAGAGAUGUCUGUAUUUAUAGCAAGGUUUCAAAUAACUAUUAAAACUAUUGCAAUGCCAAGUUCCCCUUAUGCUUUACUGGUCUAAAGAAAAAAAUUGCAGAUGACAUUUAAAUAACCAUAAACAGAAUGAAUACAUGUAAUCUAGAAGGAUAACAGACAUACAGUAUUCCAGUUACAAUGAUUCUGACAAAGGAUUACAUAAAGCAGUUAAGCCAAUGUUCGUAAGAAACCAGUACUGCUGAAGGUCAUGAAAAUGUGCAUUUUUCUGCUGUGACUUGAGACUGCACAGAACUGCUUGAUUACAUGUACUACUGUUUGCACUAUUCAAUGUGUAUUGGUCACAUUUUGAGACAAAUUUAAGUAAUAAGCCCUUGAAGUUGGGUAUGACCUCUGUAGCAUAUUGAAUAUCAAAUUAUGCAGUUUCUGGUGUAAAAGUAUGCUGGCUUAGCAUUUUAUUUUCUUGGUAAGGAUGGCCCCUGAAAAUGUUCUCAGAGCUGAAAAUUUCUGCCAUGACAUCAUGAAAGACUGAACUUGUAAAGAGUCACUGUGUAAAUAAAAUGUAUUGGCUACUGUAUUGCCAUGCUAAAUGGUGUAGCAGGAGUUUCUUACUUCCUAGAAUCAUGUCGUCUAGGUCUUACAGAUGGGACACUUUGCACUGCAAAUUAACACACAAUGAUUUAAUAGUGAAAACUGUGUUAAGUAGGAAUCUUAUCUUAUUAAAAAGUAAAUUGCUUUUCUUGCUCACAGUGCUUUACAGUGGCAUAUAACUCACUAUCCAGUACCUGCAGUUGCAUCAUUUUAUGGGUGCAGUCAUAAAGAAAAACUAACUGUGAAACUAAAAAAUGUCAACAGGCACAGUCUUAAUUUUUUUUACAAAAUUGCUUGCAAAUUUAACAUGCUAUUAACAAGAAAUUAAAUUAAUUGUAAAACAAAGAUGCUUUAGAGAGUGAAUAAGCACUGUAAAAAGUCAUUAUAAAACAAAUGAACAUAUGAGUACUUCAGUAUUCUGUAUUAUCUGACCAAGUCUGGAUGAGUCCACUCUACCCUGAUCUACUUGAAAUGAGAUCAUGGACUCUAAAAACUGUUUCUGAUUGGCUCCUCUGCAUAUAGCAUUUUUUUUUACACAUUAUUCGGCUUGGGGAUUUUUAUCUGAAAGGUUACUGUAGUAGUUAUCCAGUGGUUUAUGAAACUGUUUAUUUCAGAUGCUUUUUGUUUGUAUGCCUGAAAAUCAACAAGGUACAUAUUUUGUAAGAAAUGGCAAACUCCAGUGUGUGCUUCCUAAGCAUGUUUGGGAAAAGCAGCACAGACUUGAUUUUAUACUGUUUGUAAAAUUUUAUUAAAAAUGCAUAUUUUCAAGUAUAAAAUAAAACUAAAUGUAUGCAUUGUUUUCAAA